UGACAGGUACGGGUAAAACAGUUUUUAAUGGAUAUGUUGAUUGUUGUUAAAGUUUAGUUCUGCGAAGUAUACUAAAAAAUUAACGAAAAAAAUCGCGAUCUAACAUCGGUACAGUUCCUAAAUACGUCUCAAAAAUGUGGUGAAGGUACGGAUUAAUAAAAACUCAGCGUAGACAAGCAAAUGUUUAAAUGGAAGCAUCUUCCAUCAUUACCCAGGUGUCAAGGGACGAGGAACAUCUGAAUACUUAUGCUACCGAAAAAGAUGGCGCUAUCGACCAGUUGGGCCAACUACAACCUUCCCCGACGAAAAAAUCAUCGUCGACCAAAAGCUUCUUUAGGUCCUUGUUGUGCUGUCUCCGACCCAAGAAGAACAAAACCCCCAAUCAGGAGCAAUGCUUGGACGGCAGACCAUGCGGCGUCGAUCACAGCAGAUGCAGUUACCUCCUCAACCCCCCCAUGCCGGAUGACACUCACAAGAAGUGCAUGGUGAUCGAUUUGGACGAAACGCUCGUGCAUAGCAGUUUUAAGCCGAUAAACAACGCCGAUUUCGUCGUACCGGUCGAGAUAGACGGCACCCUUCAUCAAGUAUACGUACUAAAAAGACCCCACGUCGAUGAGUUCCUCAGGAGGAUGGGGGAAUUGUACGAAUGCGUGUUGUUCACUGCGUCUUUAGCUAAAUACGCGGAUCCCGUGGCCGAUCUCUUGGACAAAUGGGACGUUUUUAAAGCGAGAUUGUUUAGAGACAGCUGCGUUUUUUAUAGAGGAAACUACGUAAAAGACUUGAACAAAUUGGGUAGAGAACUUCAACAGAUUGUUAUAGUAGAUAAUUCGCCUGCUUCCUACAUAUUCCAUCCAGAUAAUGCUGUGCCGGUGGCGUCGUGGUUCGACGACAUGAACGAUUCCGAGCUAUUGGAUCUGAUACCGUUUUUCGAGAAGCUCAGCAACAUGGACAAUGUGUACACAGUGCUGUGCAAUUCGAAUCAUCCGUACAACACGAGCGCCCCCCAACUGAACGGGCCCCAGAACCUUAACCAGACGAUCGCUAACCAUUCACCGGCGAAGACGUAGCGAUCGCUCAUCGCUGUUCUUUUGGUGAUUUGUUAUUGAUUUUUUUUUAAUAUAUUAUAUAUAUAUGAAUAUAUAAAAAUAUCUCGCGGCCGGAUAUCAAUAUUAAGCAGGGCGGAUGACAAUUUUAUGAGAAAAAAAUGGUAUUGGAGACCCCCCGACUAGAUUGCUAUACAGUUGUCCUGCAGUUUCGUAAAAAUACAUGACUGUCAUUUGUCGCUUGUCUAAUAAGCGAUAUACGACGUAAUUGACGUAACUAACGUCAUUGUUUACGUAUCGGGUGGCUCGAUUAAAGCUAACAAGUCAAAUAUCUAACUAAUUAUAAGAAAUGUGAAAAAAACGUUUUAAGUAAUAAUUAAAGCUCGUUUUUCUUAGUAAGAUUACACUAAAAAGUCCCACUUCUAAAAAUAAUUUCAUAUAAUACGGGACCGUUAAAAAUAACUUUCGAUGAAAAGUCUGGUACGUGCAAAGAUGGUAAAAAUGUCGCAAAAACCUAACAAUAUCCAGAAAAUUAUUAUUUAUUAUCGGUAAUGUCUAAAAACGAUAAAUGCGACAUCUUUGAACUACGAUAAAUAACAAUUAAACAUCUGCGACACAUGUCAUCGACUAGAAAUUAUAAUUUUGGAAUAUGAUUAUCAAAAUACUUUAGCUGCGACA